GAAUCUGUCACACAACAUGAGACUUAAAGUAACCUCAGGGGAACAGCAUUCCUUCUUUCAAGUAUCCCAUUAAAUCGAUAAGAAACUGGCAGGGAGAGUAAAAUGAACACCCCUGAGUUUGAUUACUUUCGGUCUGAUAGUGAGUAACAAAUAAUUACAGCGAAAAUAGAAGCUUGGGUGUUCAACAAGCCUGAACAGGCCGAACUGGGGACAAGUAAAUCAUUCAGAGUGCCAGACACAUGCACGUAUUCAGGCUGUGGCUCGUGUGACGUUAUUUAUCUGUCAAUAAUUCAUCUAUUUACACUUGAGAGGAACAUUCACUCUGUUCUGAACAGCCCCCCUGGACACACACACACUGUGCUGUCCUGUUCUGUCCCCGCAGCUUACUUACCUUUACCAGUUUUUCCGGACAUGCCCUAGAAUUUAAAAAAUGUGACCACUUUAGUUUGUUAAAUUACCAUUUUCCACAUCAUUAACUUGACUUGAAACAUAGAAAAAUAUUAAUAAUUGCACCCUAAUCCAGGUUUUGCUAUUUCAAAGACCCAACAUGCUGACAGCGAGGAAGCAUAAUAACGUAUGGCGCACGUAGAGUAAGAUUUGCCAGAGCCUGUCAUUUUCUGUCUUGUGUGUCCUGGUUACGCUCAGAUCACCAAGGGUUUAAUUAUCGCUCAGCAAACCGCAGAGAGAGGCCUCAUGGGAGGCCAGACGGGGAUGAGUAAAAUCAGGUGAGACGGAGUGAAAACAGGAGGAUACAAGCGAGCCAGGUUUAGGCACGUAGCUGCGGAGUAUUAAGGCAGAAAUUUGAGCGGCUAAUUUGCUCACAAAGACGGAGAGGGAGGACGACUCCCUGCCAGGAAGAGAUCUGCACCAACAUGUGAAGAAGAAGUGUGAGAGGAAGUGGGCAUCAAAGUGCUCUGAUCAAAGGAGUGUGUGAGUGGAGGAUUUUUCCCUCAUCCAUUAAAUAUUCAUCUACAACUUUCAUCUUGCCAUCACUGAGCUCCCCCGAAGCUGACUCCGCUCACCCUCGCUCCCACCAUGACAGGGGAUGUUGUCCCAGUAUCCCAGCAGGCCGGCCCAGCUGCUGCAUCUGCACCCACCCCUGGGGAGCCCAUGGAUGUGGAGUGUCCCAUCUGCUACCAGGAGUACAACCAGUACAACAAAUGUCCCCGCAUGCUGGAGUGCCACCACGUAUUUUGCACCGAGUGCCUCCAGAGGAUCCAGCUCAGCCGUUUCGAGCCACCGGACCCCCGCAUCCCACCAGCCGUCCCCUGCCCCUUGUGCCGCCACCUCACCCCUCUAGAAUCCGGGGAUCCCCUCUCCUUACCCUCCAACUCUCGCAUCCUGGCCAGGCUGCCCCCCUUGGCCUUCCGCAUGCCUGUGACCAUGGCGACCCGCCUGGCCACGGUCACCCAGAGAGUGGUGGUCUCCCUGGAGGGCGAGAACAGGGACACCCGCUUCAUCAUCCUACCCACUGUGAGCCUGCGGGUGCAGCAGAUGCACCCGGACAGGCCGUACGGCAUGGCACCAGGCCUGGUGGGCGAGGACGAGGUCAUAGAGCAGAGCAAGAAGACCCUGUUCUGUGUGCAGCUGCUGGCUGUCAUCUUCUGGGUGCUGUUUGUCUUCACCUGCGUGGUCGGGGUGGUGUUUGGGCCCCAUUUCUUAAACAAGAAACUUUAAUAUAGGAAAUACAAGUUAUCUCCUUUUUGUAGCAGACGGACUUCUUGAUAUAAAGUUGUGAUUAACUCUACUGGAAGACACUGUGAAAAACACAUGUUCAAGUUUGAAAUGGGAAAUUAUUGAGCUCAUAAAAGAAAAUUAGCUUUUCAGUUAUAUUUUUACGAAUAUAUUUUUCACCUCCGUCUUUGCUGUUCACUCUUUAUGAGGCCAAAUCACCAUUUUUACUCGUCCCUAAUCACUGCUCUUUGGUGAAAAUUAGACUGAUGAAGAGUGUCCUCUAGUGGUUUAUAUGGAAAUAGAUAAACUAA